CAUGCCGUGUUCUAGCGUGCAUGUUCUUCCGGCUUCGCAGCUUUUACAGGUGGCUAAUAUGGAAUGUAGUGAUUGUGUUUGGAAGGAGGAGUGACAUUAUAAGCCGUUAAUUCUGCUUGAUCUUGCUGAUAUUUGCAUGGUAUAUGUUAGAGAGGGAUCUGGAUUGAAGAUUAAAGUGGAUGGGUAAAACGCUGGAAUAGAGAGAUGACAGUUAACUACAUUCCUGAUGGUCUGGACUCACAUGUAGGCCACGCUAGGGAAAAAUAGCCUUGUCCUUCCCGAAUGAAAGAAAAUGUGUGAGUAGCCCCUGAAAUGGCAAGGAAAUGCAACAUUGAAGGCACAAGAGUGCAGCGUAAAAACAAAAACAUCUUCCUUCGUUUAAGGUCGCCGAUAGCAGCAUUCAAGUGUGGUUUCAGAAACUGCUGAGAAAAACCGGUUUGUCAAGACCACGUUUUGGAAAACUAAUACGGUAAAUUGUAACCUAAUUACAGCUGCUUCAAUUUGCUGUUCUAUUUGAAUCAUUCAAGACUAACGUUCGGUUUGACCUGAAUGUACUGAUCCAACUGGCUGGAAUACCUGUUUCUGGGAGAUCAACAUUAAUGAGGGUAUUCUGAGACAGAGAUGAAACUUUAAGGGAACUGCCUGAUUUUGUUCCGAGAAACUACCACCAUCCUCUCUGACCUCCUGAUUUCACCCACAUGUUUGUGUGAUUCAUGGCUGGGCUUUCAUUAGGCAUAGUUACCAUGGAUGAUUCAUCAUAUGAGGAACUUAAUGGCAAAUUUACAUCAGCCAGUAAAAUGGAAGAAAAACAAAUGAAAGCUAUAGAAGAACUGGUUGAAACUGAAAAACGGUAUCUCAGUUUACUACAGCUGUGUGCAACAGAUAUCAGGAACCAUUUACAAUUCAAACAGGUGCCAGAUUUGGACCUGGAAGGCUUGUUUGGAGGCACUGAUGAAGUAUUACAUGUAUCCUCCAAUCUACUCAAAAAUUUGGAAGAUGCAGCCACUGGGAAAUCUGAUCAAGUCCUCUUGAUAAGCAACGUGUUUCUCACCUUCAAACAAGAGCUGGAAGAUGCUUACAAAGAGUACUGUGCAAACUAUGAGAACAUGUUGCAACUCGAAACUAACUACAAGAGGAAUGAACUUAUCUGGAAAGAAGUUACAGACACUCUCAAUGAAGUGGGAUCUCACACGGGGGCCAUUACAUUGACUUUCUUCUUAGUGACACCCGUUCAGCGGAUUGGUAAAUAUCCAUUACUUUUAAAAACUAUACUGGAAAAUACAGCACCAUCUGAUGAAGGUUACACUGCACUAGAAAAAGCUACAGUGGCGAUGCAAGAAGUAAAUUAUAAUAUCAAUGAAUACAAGAGACUAAAGGAAGUAGUAAUGAAAUACAGCAAACAAGAAAAUCUUUCAUUAAGGGAUACAAUAGGCAGAAUAAACAAGCAUUCCAUUGCAAAGAAGGCAUCCAGGCUCAGCCAAGCUAUUAAACAUGAAACAGGAAUCCUUCCAAAAGUAAAAGACAAAGAUUACGAGGAUUCAGUGAAACUUUUCUAUGUAAUUGAAAAAAAUGUUACAACACUGAAGAAAAACACAGAAAGCUUUAUAAAAAAUAUGGAGCAUUUUCAAAACGUACGGUCCUACCAUUAUGUACCCAAUUUGGUGGAUGAACAUACUACAAUCUGCUAUCAAGAAUUUAUACAGAUACUUCAUCAGAUGAUAAUUCCUGAAUUUAAACGAAGAUUGAAAUCAAUAAUUUAUGAACCGCUGUGUGCCCUCUCAAAUUUGUUCAGUAGCCCACAGCAACUGGUUAAAAAACAUAAUGAUAAAUUCUUAGAUUAUGAAAAAAUUCAAGAGAAAAUAAAGGAAGAAGGUAAUGCGUCUUAUGAAGAGAAGGCUGCUAUAGAGACGUACAAAGCACUGCAUUCUUUAUUACUUAUUGAGCUCCCUAAAUUUAACAGCAUUGUACUACAGCUACAAUCACAGAUUCUUCAAGCAGUUAUGACCAUUCAUCGUGACUUGGCCAACAAUGUGCUUCAAUUCAUCACCCAGCAUCUGCAUGAGUUUCUGUUUAGUAGCAAAGACAACUUUUGGCAACAAACUGAAGAAACAUUGCAGAAAUCAAGUGUAAAACUGGAAAGGUUUUGCCAGAUAUUUGAAUCAAUGAUGGAACAACCUAUAGAACAGCCUUAUAAUGAAGAAAAACUGGAAACUCUUCUGAAGAAGUACAGCCCAGAGAAGAUUUAUCAGGUUACCAGUAAUGUUUCUGGAAACAAAGACCUUGACCUGACACUUCAAAGAGGGGACCUUGUGGCACUUCUUCAAGCCACAGACACAAGAGGAAAUUCAAAUAGAUGGCUUGUGGAUUCAGGAGGCCAUCGAGGAUUUGUUCCUGCUGGAAAACUGAGUCCACUUCAGCCUGGAAAACAACUAAAUAAUGUUCCACUAUCACAGGGCCCCUCUCUUGAUCACAUUGUGGAUGGAGCAAUUAACAGAAGAAAAUCUUCUCCUUCACCUGAAAGUCCUCUUUGCCGACUUCCAGAACCAAUGCAGUAUCAAGUUAUUGCAGCAUAUCAGUUUACAGCAAGAGGACCUCAUGAAGCCAGCUUACAACCUGGACAAGCUGUAACAAUCCUGGAAGCUCAUGAUAAGAAGGGGAACAAUGAAUGGUACCUUGUUGAAGUGAAUGGACAAAGGGGAUAUGUGCCUUCAAAUUAUUUGAUGAAAGUGCCUUGCACUGGAGGGAGGAAAUCAUUUGCACUAUAAUAUUAAUAAUUAGUAUCCUACCAUUCAAAAAGUUGCACUAACUGUUUUUUUGCACAUCAGUUUGCAGUGGCAAAGGAGAUAUGAAGAACUGUAAAACACUAAUUUUGCUUUCCAAAAUCUUAUGUCUGCUAACAUUACGAGCUUUGUUUAUUUUGUUUUGAGGAGUUUAACAGAAACUAAAAUUACUAUGAUAGCAUGAUAUAAUGAAUUUUGAAUCAGUAUUCAGAUUUUAAGAUGCAUCAUAAUAUGAUUGCCAAAUGUUGUUCCCUCACAUGUAAAACACUCAACUCUACUCAUGCACUUUUUAAGCUUGUAAAGAAUAUUGUCCAUGAUAAUUAUGUGCUUAAUGUUUAAUAUCAAAUAAGUCAAUCAUCAAUAUUCUUAAAGUUAUCUAUAUAUUAGGCUUUAACUCAGUCUAGGCAAUGUGACCUUAAUUUCACCACUUUUCCGAUGCUUAAGACUUUCACCUUAUUCAGGUGAUUCUCAAAGUUGAAUUUGCUGCAUGGAAAUGGUUGGAACCAACUUAUUUUGGAUAGUUGACGCAAAGUUGACAGUAGGUCAUUCAGCACUAUAAUGAAUAGUUUGCUUCUUAAAACAUAUGUGGGAAAUUUUUUUUUAACUUGUUCUGUAACUGACACUAGUAUCCUUAAUGCUUGAAAAUUUGAAGCUAAGUAUUUCAUUGUGAAAAUGGAUUUUGUCAAUCAGUAGGAUAAAAAUGUUCCAUUUCUGUGUACUGCCCUUUCUGACUUUGCACAAACAAGUUAUUUUUUGAAGGAAAUUUGACACUAGUUGGAGUUUUAACAAGCUUGCACUUUAUUCUCGACAGCAACUUCUUCACAAUGAUCAAUUGUAGCAUUGUAUUUUACGAUGAAAUAGAUGUUUAUUGUGUUUACUUAUAUGGUAAAUUUGAAUAUCUUAUGUAAUAGAUUAAAGGAACACUAAAUUAAA